AAUCAAUGUCUCGUCCACUCCUAGUGUUGCACCCUCUAACAAGCACUUCACAUAUUGGCCUUGCAGUUAUGACCCUUAUGUUGUGUGCCAUUGCAUUGCUAAUGUGUGCUUCUCAUUCCCGCAAAUGGCGCCAAUGGAGCUCUUGCUAUAAUGCCUUUGUAGAAGAGCCUGUAAUAGAGCUCAACAAUGAAGUUGUGACCAGUGGUAGCGAGCAGCAAGAAGAAGAACCUUCGCUUUGGCAGAAGAACAUACUUAUGGGUGGGAAGUGCGAGCUCCCUGAUUUUUCUGGCGUCAUAAUUUAUGACUCCAAUGGCAAUUUAGUAAACCCUGCUAAAACUUCUCGUCCAUUAGUAACCUGGAAAUAA